AUGACAUCUUCAAGUUAUAUGCUUGAUCGUGAUAUUCUUGGUUCAGCUCGAACUAUAAUUGAUGCACAUUCUAAUACUCCAUUUAUGCAACAAACACAGCAUAAUACAUAUCGUGGUUCGUAUGGAACGUCAAGUCCAUUACCAUAUACAACAACAACUACUAGUUAUCAUCACCAUGGAUACGCAAAUGGUUCAAAUGAAAAUUAUGAAUCGAAAAGAGUUGUAGUUGAUUUUCAAGAUCAAAUUCGUUUAUUAAAAAAAGAUUUAGAAAAAAAAGAUGCACUUAUUCUAGAAUUAACAUCAAUGCAAGAUCCAAAUAAAACUGAACAUUUUGAAACAGAAAAAUAUGAAGCUCUUGUUGGACAAGAACGAAAUGCAUUAGAAGGAGCUAGACGUGAACUUGAUCAACAUAGAACAAAAGUUGAAGGAUUAACUCACGAUUUACGUGAAACAACAAUAAAAUUAACUGCAAAAGAUGAACGUAUCAAUGAAUUAAAACAUGAAAUUGAAUCAUUAAAAAAAGAACAUGAAUCACUUAAUCAAGCUAAUAAUCAAUUACGUUCGCGUAUACGUGAACUUGAAUCAAAUGUUGGUUCAUAUGAUUCUGUUGCUAAUAAAUCAUCAUUAACUAUAUCAUCAUUACAAAAAGAUGCUAAAGAAAAACAAGAACAAAUACUUGAAUUACAAUCACGUACAAGAACACAUAUGGAAGAACGUGAAGCUAGUGAAAGAAAAACUGAAGGAUUACAGAAAAAAUUACAAGAAUUAUUUUCACAAUUAAAUAUUACACUUGGAGGAGAUUUCGGACAACCAACAGCAACUUCAUUUGAUAAUCUUAUGGCUAAAAUCUCUGAUAUGAAUGCUGAAAAUACUACAUUAAAAGGCAAAAUGGUUAAAUUCGAAGAAAUACAUCGUUCAUUUGAAAAUGAAGCUCAUGCUAAUCGUUCAACCAUUCAACAAAUGGCCAAUCAGUUACAUAUUCAUGAAGAAAAUACUAUUAAUCAUCGUUUACAAAUAGAUUCAAUAAAAGCGGAACGUGAUGCUGCACUUAAUGAUAAACAAACAAUAAGAAAUGAACUUGAAACAACAAAAUCACGUCUUGAUUCUGUACAAAAAGCUUGGCAAAAUACACGUGGUGAAUUAGAUCAACGUGAAAAUAAAUUUUCAUCUAAUGAAGUACAUUUAAAACAAUUAGAAAAUGAUGUACUUUUUGCUAAAACAACUUUUGAAGCAUUUAAACAACAAGUUGGACAAUUAUUAUCUGAUGGUUAUGUUAAAGUUGAACCAAAAGAAGAUGAAAUUAAAGAAAAAAUUCAAUUAUUAAUGCAAUCUAGUAAAGAUCGUGGCGUUAUAAUCACAAAUUUACAAAAUCAAAAAGAACAAUUAUCUAAACAAUUACAAGAACAAAUUGAAAUUAAUAAAGAAUCUGAUAAUAAACGACAUCAUGCUGAAUCCCAUUUACUUGAAUUAGAACAUCGUCUUAAAACUCUUGAUAAUGAUUAUACAACAACAGAAGUUUAUCGUGAAAAUCUUAAACAAGAUAAAGCAAAAUUUCUUCAUUUUCUUGAACGUCUUGCAUCAAUAAUGAAAAUAGAAAAUAUUUCAAAUGAACUUGGCUAUGAACUUAAUCCAGAUGUUAUUUUAACACGUGCUGAACAAUUAAUGAAAUCAGAAAAAGAUUCAAUUGUUGAUCAAAAAACUUCAAUUUAUAGUUUACAAAGAAAAAUUAAACAAUUAAAAGAACAAAUGGAAAAUAAAGAUUUACAUUUAGAUUUAUUACGUAAAAAAGUUAUUGCAUUAGAAGAAGGACGUGCAGCUAAAACAGAUUUAGAACGUGAAAUUGAUGAUCAUGUUAUGUUAUCUAGAAAGAUGAAAGUUAAAGUUGAUCAUUUAACACAACAAGUUACUGAUUUAAAACAAGAAAAUACACAAUUAAAAGCUCAAAUAACAGAUAUUCAGAUACUUAAAAAUCGUUUAGUUGAACAAGAAAAAGAAAUUCGACGUCUUUUAGAAGAUCUUGAUAAAUUACAAAAUAUACGUGAUAAACAAGCUGUAAAAAUUUCAACAUUACAAGAUAAAAUACAUUCAGUAGAUGAUGAAGCAAAUAGAACAUUAAUUUCAUCAGAUAAUGCUGUACGAGCUUUAUCUAAUGAAGUAAGAUUUUUGAAAAGUUCACUUGAACAAAUUACUGAACGAGAACACCGAUUACUUGAUUUCCGUUCAUUAAUAGCUCGUAUGCUUGGUUUAGAUUCUAAAACAUUAUCUAUACCUGAUUAUGAAAUAACAGCUUGUUUAGAACGUCUACUUAGUGUUGUUCAACCGACAAUGGCUAUACCUGUUUUACCAAUGCCUGCAUCAACAACAACGUCCACUAAUCUUACACAUCAACAACAAAUACCAUUUCAACAUUAUCAUCAUCAUCAAAAUAUUCAUUCAGCACACCCACGACAACGUAGUCCAAGUCCAGUAUCUCGUCGAACCGAAGCCAGUCAUAGAGCACGAUCACUUUCUCCAUUACAUGUUGGAAUUGAUCCAAAAACCUAUUAA